CCAAUAUCUGGACUGACUCUCUCACAUUCACUUAGAUACCCCUUCACAUUCCUGCUUUCACACUCAUCAUAUUUCUGUCGCUGGUUGCAGGAACUUCGAUAUAGCCCUUCCACUUCUCCACUACUUCCGUUUGAUUCCUUUUGCGAUAUCCCCGUUCUUUGUCCCUUAGGUGGUAUUCCAUUCACCCUCUUCUCAACGCGGCAUCCGGACAUCCACAGCUCCUCGACUUACCCUGCCGAUAUUAUCUCGACUCGCACCUUUGUACUCGAACACACCUCUUCGAACGAUCUUUUACAUGCAUUGAGUCCACCGCAAACAUGUCGACGCCUCGACGGGGCGGCGGCGGAGGAGAUGGGAGCUCCCGCGGACGGGGAAGGGGACGCGGUGGAGGAACGCUUAGGAAUGGUCGCGCCGCCACGCCAGCAAGCGACGAUGAAUCCAAAUCCCGUCUCGAAGCGCGACGAGUCCGGUUCGCGGAGGGCAACAACAAUGCAAGACCAGCGCGCGGAGGUACUGCACAGCGAGCGCGACGAGGACGCGACGGCGUCCAACAACCACAACCAAGAACUGUUGCGCCUACGGCACCUACAACACUACAUGCGUCAAUGUCUUAUCCGCAGAAAUAUGUGACGCUCAAGCGGAAGCGCGAACAUGAACGAGAGGAGGGCAUCAAAUCCGGUCUCAUUGCCGAUCCGGACAAACCCCGACUCCUAUCCGAAGCGAUCAAGCCUGUGGGCAACUGUCCGGACAUGUGUCCCGAAUACGAACGAGUACAACGAAUCGUGGAGAAGGAUGUUUGGGGCGCCGAAACGGAACUCCAGGAAGCGGACGGGACCCUCAAGCCUGUGCCGGCGGAGCAUAAGAUGGUCAAGAAAUUUCGACGUGCUGCUGCCGGCAUGGAUGAACAACUUCCCUCCGAUUUGCGCCCACCCACGACCCUUCAGAAAACGGUCAGGUACCUGUUCUCCGAUCUCAUUGCGGAGUCAGAUACCCUCGCAUCGGUCCACCAUUUCCUUUGGGAUCGAACGCGUGCAAUCCGAAACGAUUUCUCGAUCCAACAACUUACGAAAAUCCCGGAUGUCCGUAUUGCCAUCGAAUGCUACGAAGAAAUCGCACGAUUCCACAUCUUGUCUUUGCACCAGUUUGCGCUCGCUGAGAAGCCUUACGAUCAAUACGAUUCCUUCCAAGAACGGCAGCAACUGGACCGGACUCUUCUCUCACUAAUGCAGUACUACGAUGAUAAUCGAGAACGAUAUAGGUCGCCGAACGAAGCCGAAUUCCGGGCAUACUGCAUCAUCUUUCAGCUACAAGCUCGCAUUCCAGAUUUGGAGGAUCGAGUACAGUCUUGGCCAAGCGAUAUUUUAAUGGACCGUCGAGUGCAACAAGCGUUGAAGCUGUACCACGCAGCAUCCAAUGUUCAUAACCUACAAGGUCCCCUUGAACCCAAGUCGCGUCACCUGACGUCACAAGGCUCCUGGGGUCGCUUCUGGAACUUAGUUGCGUCACCUCGAACGUCCUACCUCAUGGCGUGUGUCGCUGAGAUAUUCUUCGGCAUGAUUCGAGAGGCCGCUCUUCGUACCAUCUGGAAGUCAUACCGACCAGGAGGACCCAGAAAAAUAGAGGAUUGGAUUGUUGAGGACCUGGAAGGUGCCUUAGGAUUUGAUAAAGAGGGGGAAGUUGUGCAAUUCUGCGAAGGAUAUGGAUUUGUUGUUGGACAGAGGGCGGAUGGAAAGCGGUUUAUUGACUUGGCAUCGGUGCCAGGGAAGGUUUUCCCUAGUCCAACCGGGGGGAUGCGAGAUCAGAGGAAGUCUGUUCGAUUGGUUGAAAAAAAAAGAAUAGGGCGUACGCUCACCGCCGUCAUUUAUGGGCUGAGCGUCAAGGUAGCGCGUGACAAGGGAGAGGUCGAUUCACUUGUGGAUUCGGAAGAGGGGGAGCAUGAAAGGGAUGAGUUCAUGGAAGACGACGGCAAUUCGCUCUUUGUCAAGGAUCCGGAAGGGAAGGCGAAAGAGAAGGAGGCAGCCACAGGGUUCUUGAAUUCAGGGGCAUCGGCAUUCGAACCGAAAUCAUCCCCUGGAAUAUUCACCGGCGGAGGUCAACCUCCAGCGAUUCCUCAAAACUCUGGCCUGAAUGGGGUGUUUAAUUCUCCUCAACCGUUUACGAGCGCCUUCGGCAAACCACAACCGUCACCUUCAGGGUCAGGGUCCUUUUUCGGAAGCCCCAAUUCGCAAAUGUUCCCCCCCCCACAGCGAAAUCCUCCAGAUUCAAGUACCAAUAAAUCGUCACCAUUGGCGUUCGGCGCCCCGUCGGGUUUCAACCCUCCGAAAACGAGUGCCAAUCAAUCUACGAGUCCUUUCGCCCCGAAACCAGCGAGCCCAAAUGCAGCAAACGGCAUCUCGAAAUCGACGGGAACGAACCAGUCUAUCUUCUCGACAUCAGCCCAGGCUCCAUCAUCGUCAGGGUCGUUUCAAUUCAGCGGCGGCAGUCAACAGCAAUCGCAGAAUCCUACUCCACCUCAAGUCGCCGCUCAAACCGGACAGGAUGAUUUGGCUGCUCAACAAAAGGCAGCUGGACAGCAACGGAUCGCGGAACAGCAGAGAAUUGUCGAGCAGCAGAGAAUUGCAGAGCAGCAGCGAGCGGCGGAACAAAAACGACUCGAGGAACAGCGCCGACAAGAGGAAUUGCGCAAGGCGGAGGUGUUACGUCAGAUCGAAGAUCGACGGAAGGCUGAAGAAGCAGCAAAGCAACAAGUAGUCGAAGCGAAAAAGAGGAGGAAAUCUGAGACUUAUGAUUAUCUCGCACACGAGUUGGUCUUGAACCGCCGAGACGGGUUCAUGAGGCAGUUUGUCGAGUUCAUAUCUGGACCCCUGAUUACCAACGCGAUGAUGGAAUGGGAGGAUGAGAAAUUAUGUCAAGAGGCGGAUGAAUUCCGGAGCAGGAAGCUGGCAAAGAAAUAUGGCACGAUUUGGCACCGCCUGUCCUACAGUUUGAAACAUCGAAGACGCGGGCACGAGAGGAGGAUCCGGAUCAAGGAGGCAAGGAUGAGGCGGUCAACCGGCGAACCAUUGGCAAGCAGCAUCUUCGCCGAUAGUUUCCGUCGAUCACAACCCGAACUCGACCGAAGCGAUCAUGGUGUCCACUCCGAGGGGAAGGAUAAGGAGCGACUCGCCGGCUCCAUCAAUGGAAAAGCAAGCAGCACAUCACAGCUCAAAGGCAUCCUGAAAAACAGCGUCAACCCUUCAUCUCGACCACCGACCAACCACCGCCGGUCCCAAACCCAACCCUCCGCCCACUUUUCUCACGCCAACUCCACCACAUCAACCCACCCCCCCAUCCCUUCCCCCCUCCGCAACGCCUCCCUCGGCUCCAGCACCUUCACACCCAGCUACCGCACCAGCACCACCAAAAGCGACUACUUCCGCCUCAAAGCCCGCGGCAUCCCCCCUUCCCUCGUCGCCCAACCCCCCUCCCGAAAACGCAACUGGGACCAAGCCAACGACGACCCUUCUCCCACCCCAACCGGCACCCACGCCCCCUCCCCCCCCCGCAAACCCUUCCAACAAGUCCUCGCCGACGACGAGGCGCUCUUCGCGCGCGUCCGCACAGUCACUCAGGCGAUGGACGACAGCAUCGCGUUCUUCCGCGAGGAGCGGGAGAAGGAGGCGGCGCGGCUGCGGUCGAGCGCUGGGUCGAGCGGGGGGUAUACGGGGCCGAGCAUGUCGCCGUCGAGUGGGGCGGGUGGGAUCAAUGCGGGGUCGCCGCCGCGGAGCUUGCCGAAGUAUUAUGGGCGGGUGAGCAAGUUUGUGCCAAAGGAGGAGGAGGAGGAGGAGGAGGAGGAGGAGCUGAGGCCGCGCCCGGCGGAUAUGAAUGGGAAGGGGAAGGAGAGAGUUCCGGAAGAUCAUCAGCAGCCGUCGCAGCCGGCUUCGCAAGGACAGUUCGUCAACCGGGUCCUCAGAAACGUGUCGAACAAGGCCAACCCGCCGCCGGCAUCGAAUAGCUGGCCCGCGUCGGGAACCGGGAUGAGUGCAGACGAUGCUAUUGAGCUAGACUAG